AAACCAAAUGAACCUUUAAAUAGAAAGCCGUUCGAGAAACACGGAGCACAGCCUGAAGAAAAAGCGCCAACUGAAAGGAAACCUACAAAUAUGCCUACUAGUCCGACAAGGCGAACUUCCGAUGUUACAAACUCGAAAACCACAUCCACAACAUCUAAGACAACACGAAAAGAAAAUACUCAACACAUUGAGGAUGAUCGGAAACCGACAAGAAAACCAUCUGACUCAAAUAUAACUUCGAAAUCGACUCAUAGACAAAAACCACAGCCAACUGAUGACUCAAAUCGACCGAAUGAGCCUGCGUAUGGAAACCGGAAUAAAAAAACCCCAAUCGAUAACAAACAACCAACAGACAGGAGGCCUGAAACUAGUUCCACUAGAAAAAUAAUAGAAAGCGAAACUUUUAAUACUACAAUAAAAAGCGAACGCAACGGAGAAACAUAUUCCAUAGAGAUUGACGAUCAAUCUGAAAAGCCCGAAAAGAAACCGAUUGAAAAAAGGCCUUUAGAAAAAGAUUAUGUUAGAAAUGAUCAUAGCCCGACCAGGACCACCUCAGACAAAAGCAACUUCUACACCAGUAAGAUUACAGUUGACACUGUAAAAACUCGCAAGAGCAAUGUUUCGCCAACUAGAAAGCCUGAAGAUAUCAAAACCACUGAACCCGUGCAGAAAAAGCCCACGAAAGAUGAGCCAACAAAACAACCAAAAGGUGCUAAACUAACAAAACCAGCAAAUUUUGGCGUUACACAUACCUCGCCAGAGUAUACAAGACCAGCACCUACAGUUGAUAAUGAGUCUGAACCAAGCGAUGAUGAACACAGCCCAACACAGAAAGGCCCAGCUAGAAAACCAAUAUUAAGCGCUAGCAAGCCUGUAGACAUUUCUGACGAUGAGGAUCAAGACCGUAUUUUCACGACAACUACAAUAAAAACGGUACGCUUAGAUGAACCUAAAUCGGCAAAUCCUAUAGUGACCGAUGAAACUAGACGAGUUGAAGAACUUUUCAAUAAAACCGAUCGGACCAAAAUAACAAACAAUGUUAACGAGGAAUUCAUAACAAUCGAACGGCAGGUGAAAGACAAAUUUCCGGUUAAUAAUAUACCUACAAACGAUUCAAGCGGGUUAGCGCCUAAUAGUCCAGAUUAUUGCAAGCCUACCACUAAAAAACCAAUCGGACCGUCUAAAACUACCGACAAGCAAAAGCCAACUGAGGAAACUGUAGCAACGAACACAAAAAUCUAUGAAGAAACUAUAAACAUUAAUUAUGAAGAGCGGAAACCAAGCGAAAUUGAUGACAAUGAACCAAAAUCAAAACCACUCAUUAAAAAUACAAAAAUCGACGGUAGUGUUCAUCAAGUGAUUACUGAUACUAAUAAUUCAAUAUCUUUUAAGCAACAUACACCCAUAGUUCCGGAGAAACUCCGCGAACAAGAUGAACCUAAAAUUGGGGAAAGGAGCGAACCAGAGCGUGAAAAGCCAAUAAAGCGACAACCAAUAGAUGCAAUCUUGAGUGACGACGACGAUCAGAUAACAUUCGAAACGACUACUACUAAAAAAGAUGUUAUAUUGAAAUCCGUAGAUGUCGAAAAGACUACGCGUAGUGAACCGAAAAACAGGGAGCCAUCAAAGCCGGUUGUAGGAAAAGGAGCGCCAAGGAAACCUGAAGCUGAUCGCAGUCCUACAAGAAAACCAAAUGAGCAGAUAACUGUAAAAACUAUUACCACCAGGACCACUAAUAUUGUUGAAGGGAAACCACGUACGGAUAACAAUCGGCAGCCAGAUGAACCCAUUGAUGAACCGGUCGAUAGAAAAUCUACUUUAGAUGAAACUAAGCGAGUCGAGGAACUCUUCAAAACAACCAAUAAAACUACAAACAUCAAUACUAAUUAUAACGAAGAAUUUAUUGCAAUUGAAAGUCAAGCUAAGGAGACUCCAGAUGGAGCAUUCUUCUCCAAAGCACCUGAACCGGAACCUGUCUCCCCAAGCUUUAAGAAAAAGGGCGUUAGCCCCAGAGAAACAUUUGAGGAUCGUUGUCGUCAAAUUCUUGGAAUGGAAAAUUAUGGUGACACCCCAGGCAGUUACAAUAAAAAACCAGAAGAUGAGUCUGAUGAAAAAGCGCCACUUACCGAAAAUAUCACAAAGUUCGAAGUUAAAAUUGAGGAUUGUGAUGACGAUGAGCCCAAUUAUUUAAACAACAUCAAAGAGGCCCUUAAACCGCUUGAUAAGCCCAAAACUAACAAACCCAAUGAUGUUUACAAUGAGGAACUUGUUGAGGAAGUUGAGUGUAUUCGCAAAGAGACGGUAGUACCCUUUAAAGACAGUUCUCCGGAAAGGAAAGUCCCUACUGAAGCUACACGUAAAUCAACACUGCUGGUUAAGAAAGACAUAUCGGUUGAAGAUGAGUGUAUUACCAAUAAGAGAACAUCGAAGAUUGUAAAGAAAGUAACCAAAGGGGGGAAGAUUGAAUAUGAAGAGCGAGAGGAGUCUUCAACGAGUGAAUCGGAGUCUCCUGAAAAGGAAACGGAUGAAGAAUCUCAGCCAGAUACUGUUGUAUCAGAGAGAGAGAUGCAAUAUAUCGAAGAAUUCCAAAUCGAAGAACGCACAGAAAAGAAGCAACCGUUGAAACCCAAUAGAAAGCUGCCUGGUCAAAAAACUACAUCUCCAAAUACUAGUCCGACUAGGAAGACAUCUGAACCUGCAACUGGUGGUAAAAAGUCGCCUUUGAAGCAAUCCCCUUCAAGACCGUCUACAGUUACAACAAAAGUAACUGUUGAGUCGAAGCCUAAAACACGCGAGUCGAACACGUCAACUACCAGAACUGUUACCAACACUACGUCAAACUCUAAAUCGCCUGAAUAUCCGGAGAAACGUGAUAUUGUUAAAAAAGAUAAGCCAAUAUCACCAUCAAAGACGCGGCCCGAACGUGUUCAGAAAAUAGAUACACCUACAACUGCCGAUAAGCCACAUAAAAAGCCAAACAAUGAGUCUCCGAAUUCACCAAUUAAAGAUCGGCUACGUUCUUCAACCCGAAAUAAGAAACCUUCUAUCACGGAGUCCGACUCUUCACCCGAAAUGAGUCCAACUCGUCUUACAGAGCGAAGACGUUCGAGUAACAUUUCGGUGCACACAGAAAUCAUUAUUGAUCACACGGGUCCGAAAUCGCCUAAGCCCACCGAAAAGACGCCAGAGAAACACAAGUCCCAGCCCAAGAAAACCGUUCCGGAAGAUAUAAUUUCACCGACUAAACCGUUCCGAAGAUUCCCCGUCACUGAGCGAAAGGAGUCUGCUCCCGUGCCCAGUGUGUCGCGCAAGGACAAGGACGUAAAGAUGACUCGCUCAACCAGCGAGAAAGUCAUGAAGGUUACUGAGAAACCAGUGAAGAGAACAGAGGUAGACGCAACAGCACACAGUCCAACACCGAAAACUGAUCGAAGACCUAAUAAAUAUUUUACCACAAAAACCAUAAAUUUAACCACGACUGACAAGCUAAUCAACAGUGAAGAUAUGGAAAACGUCAUCAUUGAUAUACAGCAUGCGAAGAGUUCUCGGGAGCCAUCACCAGACAAAAUUGUGCCAACACCAGUACCGGUACAUAUAAAUACUGGCAAGCCACGUUACCCAGAUGUCGUUCAAGAGCCUGAGGAUGAGCCACGAAAAAAACCUGUCAUCAAAAACAUACCGAUUUUAGAAGAAGAAUCCAAUGAAUUCAUUAACUGCCACAUAUCGGAGGUGAAAACGGAAAAGAUUUCGAAACUGAUAGACCUGGAAGAAGAUGAUAUAUUAGAUAAUCCCACAAUCGAAGCUCCUCAAAGUCUUGAAUACCCAUCCAUCGAUAGACCUGAUGAUGAUUGCCUUUUGAGUGUUCACGAAAAGGUUUCCAAGUUUACACAUACAGCUGAAGAAAUUAAAAAACCAAAAGCGUCCAGUCCAUUCAGCAGAGAAUUCGAUAAAACGCCUAAGGUGCCAGAUAACGAUGACUGUUUGUUGACAGUUGAUGAAAAGGUUAACAAGUUCAUAAAGACAGCAGAAGAGGUGGUGAAGCCAAUCACAACAGUAAGGGAGAUUGAGCGACCAAGCCUCACCGACUUGGAUGAAGAAUUACAGAAGGAUGACUGCACUUUGACUGUCUCACAAAAAGUAAAUAAAUUCUUAAGCACCGCAGAAAAACUGGCACCCACUGUUCCACAAAGGUCACCCGAAUUAGUGGCGAAAAUUGAACGAACUAUUUCGAAACAAAGCGAGCCCGAGUAUCCCGAAGAUCUUAGUGAUGAAGAAUUAACGCCAUUUUCUCAAAAUCACACUAUCGAAAUUGAGAAACGACGCCAGAAAGAUAUACUCGCUCGGCCAACAGUAUUUGAAAGCACCACAAAAGGCAACCGAAAUGUCGAGUACGUAGAAGAGGAAGUAUUUAUUGACAGAACCGCUGCUGGGCCCGAAAGUGAUGAAGUAAUUCCGCACACAAGGGAUCAUACAACGAAAAUUGAAUUAAAACGUCAGAAGGACAUUUUAUCCAGGCCCUCAAUUUACGAUAAGAACGUUAAACCUAGACCACAAUCGCCUAGCAAGAGAGAGCCUGUAGGCUCUUGUAGGCCACAGCAUCCAAUAACGACCAAUGCAAAGCAAACAGUGUACACUACAAAGAAAAUUAACUUGCAAGAUAAUGAAAAAAUUGAGUCCAAGAGCGUAGAACGUAAACCUUCGCAUUCGGCAACUAAACCUGAAAAUUAUAAAAGUCCCACAAAACCUCAAACUUCCACAGUUGCUGUGACCAGGUCUCGUUUUGAAACUUCUGAUAAGAAAAAACCGACAUCCAAAACCACUAUAGAACCAAAAGUUAAUAGAGUUCCGCUUUCAAGUACCACUGGGCGUAAACCAGGCACUGAUCCGAAGGCACCUGUGCCUUCAACAACUGCCCGACUGCCAUCAACGACAGCAUACACGAAGUAUCCUUAUUCAAACAGGCAUAAGCCAUUGAAUGAACCGAACUCAGGGCCACGUAAACAAUCCACGGAGCCUGAUAGCCAUUAUCCAGAACGUAAACCAUCUGCUGGAUCUCUAUCUAAUGUUCAUGACUAUGAAACUAUUGAAUCCGAAACAGAGUUUGCAUCAACAACACGUCGCAGAAGCUCUUCAAAGACAAAAGAUUACUUGGAAACCGUACAAACUGAAAUCGAAAGGUUUUCUCCGACACAAAAAGAACCCAUGCGAAAGAUUCCCUCACAGGAAAAACAAAAACCCCAAACUUUCUCACACAGUCCUACCCAAAAAGAUACAAGAAGCACCAUCACUAAAGUUGCCCAAGUAACCGAACGCACAAUUGAGCACAGUUCACCCUCAGAUUGUUCUGACAUAGAAAUCGUUGAAACCGUUCCAGAACGCCCCACACAAGUCAAAACUCCAACUUCUACGCCCACAAUUGGUCGCACUCGUAUAGCAGCCGAUACGGUGGCUGCUCGACGUAAUAUUUUCGAAAGCAACGCUACACCGAAGGUACAAAGGCCUAGCGGAAGCGACGGUUCACCGUCACCCGUUGGUCGGCGACCCUCUUAUAUGGAUCACACAGUCAGCUCUUUGGAACACAUUCGCCGUGAUUCCCUAGAAGUAAAUAAACACAAUUACUCACGCAAGUCCUCGUUCGAAUCAGAAAGCAAUUACGAACGACGACCAAAUGCUGCUGUGAAGUUUGAUGUGCCUCAAAAGCCCCAACGUACAGCGAGUAUUUCCGAAGACAUCGAUGUCGAAAGUAUUUUCGAAUUAGAAGUAUUGGAGCGUCUAUUAGAGACAGUAACUUCAUAUGAGCUGCGACGCCGGAUCCGGGCACAAAUACGUUUGGUUAAGAAAAACAUACUCAAUACUGAAGUGGUUGACAAAAGGAAAACCGAAACUAAAACAUCUAAGUCCAUUAGCUCAACUCAUAAAACAUCUACUUACACAUCAAAUGUACAUCACGAAGAAACUGACACAAUUCAUGAGGAUUUGAAAACGAAGAGGCCAUACGAGAGUAAGCCCAGCCCAAAACGCCCAACACCGACAACAAAGAGUGGCCGAGUAUCGGAAAUCGAAGAUAUACCAAGAAAAUCUCCAUACGAUCGCAAUGAAAGUCCGAAACCAUAUGGCAAAUUUCGUCGAGAAGAAGAAGUUACCACAAAGACUACAACUAAUGCUAAAAUACAGAACGGUCGCAGCGAAAGCCCUAAACGUCCUACGAAAACAAACCAUGAACGACAACCAAGUCCCGAAACUAAGUCGCCCCAAGGAUCCGUAAAAGGGGUACGUCAUAGAGCAGAUUCAUCGAUGUCUUCCACACAUAAAGAGUUUAUAAGAAGCGAGCAGAGAAACUUCUCUGAAGAGACAUUUAAUAGCUCUCGUUCGGAACGUUUCGAGAAAGAGGAGAGCCGCGAGCGCAGUUAUAGUCCUGAAUCUAAAAGUCCUGCAAGGGACGGCAAACAAAGUCCUGAUUAUAAAACCAAACCUGCAGCUGGCACACGUACGAAGAGUCCUGAGGCCAGAAAACCAUCCUUCCCACGCUCGCCAAGUCCACAAGGCAGAACACCCAAACAACGUGACGAAUUGUACACGAUCUCGAAAGUAACGACAGUUAAAACCACACGCUCACCAGAACGAAAAUCAAGUAAACCGACCGUUGAAGAAAAUGCACCUAUUUGGGUAGACCGUAAAAAUUUGCUCAAGAGUCCUAGUAGCACACCGCGUACGCCGCGUAAGUUGCCAGCUGCGCCGUCCGCGCGCACUACCGCAACGAAGGCUACAACAAAGACAACGAGUCAACGACAAGCUCAGAACAGAAACUUCGAAGAGGAUUCGAUCACUUCGAGUUAUGGCAUUGGGCCGACAGACGAAAAUGGUUUGCCGUUAUUCGGUAUAAAGGCGCUAAAAAAGAAGAAACCAAGCCAACCCUGUGAAGCAACCGAAGAAGUCACAGGCUAUGUUAUCGAGGAGAAAUAUUAUUCUGAUAACAAAACAAAGCCGAAAGUCGAAAGGAAGGAAUACAUUUAUUCGACAAACGCAGAUGAACUCGAGGAAAUCAAAAAAACUGUUGAGCAGAGUCGAAAAUCAUCGCAAAAUGAUGUGGAUGUUAUCAGGAAAUUCGAGAAAAUCGAUAAGGACUAUGUUUUUGAAACACCAGAGGCAAUACAGCCAGAUUCAGAAGACUUCACCACGUCCAGCAAAUAUGUGCGCCGUGGUUCUGUGAAAGAGCUGAGUGAGAAAUUCGUACGGAAAGAGUCUGCGCAAUCGACAACAGAAAAGUCGGGUGGCUAUCCAAAAGCCGGAUUGAUAUUGCGCACCAGUCGUGCACCUUCAACAGACCCCAGUGGAGAUGCAUACGAAACUACUACGGAAAAAUACACCAGCACAUCACGCAGCGGUCAUGGCUAUCGUUCGACGGAAGCAGACUCGGACGAUGAACACAAUGUGCAGCUUCGUCAAAAGCAAUCGCGACGCAUUUUCACCGAGGGCGAAGACAACGAAAGCGAUCAAUGCCAUUUGAGUACACGUUCGUCGACCAAGUCCACGCGCUCCUUCCUGAACAGCAGCGGUGAAACUAAAGUGGUAACAAGCGUAGACGAUGCGCUGGAGCGUAUGCGUAACGCGGACUAUGUGGUGGAAGCUGGCGAUACUGCUGAGGAUAGGGAGGCGCGUUCAUUGCUGAAUAAAUUUUUAGGUGCUAGUGUCAUAAUGAGAGGUGUGGAAAGCGUUUUGCCGACAACGAAACAAACAACAACUACUACGAUUACUAAAACUUCAUACGCAGAUGACGAUGACGACAGCGAUCUACUGAAGAACAAAGCGGUAUCUGACAUGAAAGCGAAUACGAAUACGAAUACGAAGACGGCGACAACGACGACGACUACGACGAAGGCGAGUAACAAGACGAAUACGAAACCAAAUACGUAG